AUGGUUCGCCACCUUUCACUAUUGUGGUUGUCGGCAGCGUGCCCCUACCUUCUAGGGGUGACUUGGUGUGCUGCCUCUGGAUCCACCUCCUCCACUACAGCAGAAGAGCUUGCUGCUCUUAUAAACAGUAUCAAAACAGCAGCACAGGCAACCGUUUUGGCAGCUGGCAGACUCCAGGGAACCCCCAGCAGCGUCACCAGUGCCACAGACUCAUCCCAGGGUGCUACAUCAGUAAGCAGUUCGCCAGUUGCUAGCAGAUCGAGCACUGUAGUAUCAACGGGAAGGGUAUCAUCCUCAAGCUCGAGAUUUAGAGCCCCGAGAGCACAGCAGACUGCUACUUAUUCAGAUUCCGCUACUGGAAACAACGGGCUAAUACCCAGCACAUCAUCCACUUCUGCGUCAGGGACGAGAAGUUCGUCAGGUUCAACUCUAGCCCAAACGCAAAGCAGCAAUUCGAGGAGCCGCUCUGGUUUAGCUUCUCCUUCAACAGCUUCGGUGUCCUCGUCUUCCACAAGUACUCCCAGUGGGAGCAGGUCUGUUCUGUAUAACGUGCAGCAGAGUGUUGGUACCACCGUCUCCAACGGAUCAAACGGCAGCAGUACCACCGUAACUCAACCAAAGAAUAAGUCUGGAAGCACCAGCUCAGUAGUCACAGAUUCUUCUACAAGUGACAGCUAUGUAAUUCUCAACAACGGAGUCGCUAGCAGUAAUGGUGGGAGUGCUCUUACCUCUGCAACAACUACUGCCGCAAGUCGAUCUCGGUCUAGCACUCCUACGGUCUUAUCUGCGACUACCACCUCUGCCUCCUCUAGCAGUACAGGAAAUGCUGUUACUUUUCUUGAAAAGCGGAUUGACGCUCUGCAGCGAUUAAGGGAUAGUCUGCAAAUUAUUGCUACAGAAGCCACGUCUGAUCUUCUCACUAUAUCACAGGAACAAGAGCAACUGGAAAAGAUCCUUGCCACAGUGUAG